AGGGUGUGACGUCACGGGUGUGCUUAGGCUGGUCCUCCACACUAACAUGUCGUCUCAGACACAACUCUUGAAUUAAAUGAUACCAGAGGAGUGUCUUACCAAUUAGAAGAUGCUUCGGCAGUACGUUGCUGCUUUUGCAGCAACUGGCAGCCGGGUACUCCCAGAGCACUCACCUUGGGGCUCUGUGAUUAAUUCACUUCAUCCAACAAAAUUUUGUGUUUUCAAAAAUGAAUUUAAAUUUAGUGCAAAAUUAUCUACUAGUGCGAGAUCACCCACAACCUUUCCAUCACAGUCACAGGUUGUAAUUUGUGGUGCUGGCAUAGUGGGUAACAGCAUAGCAUAUCACUUGACCCGUGAUGGCUGGACUGAUGUUGUAGUACUGGAUCAAAAUGUGGUAGGAUCUGGAACGUCUCACACUGGCUCUGGUGUCUUGGGAGUCUUCAAACCUUCUGCAGAGAGGCAGUUUGUCACCUACUCUGUUAGCCUAAUCAAAAGAUUCCAGGAUGAAGGACAUGACUUGGGUUUUCAGCAAUGUGGCAGUUUAAACUUGGCUCAGACAAGAGAGAGAGCUAUUGCCCUAAAACGCAGAGUGGCAUACACCAAGCCGUCUGGACUCGAGUGUGAGUGGUUGGACCGUCAUGAGAUUAAGCGUCGGCACCCACACCUGUACACUGUUGACCUGGAGGGCGGAGUGUGGGUACCAGGUGAUGCGGUGGCUGACCCUUAUUCUGCGUGUGUCACAUUUGCUUCACUUGCACGCAGACAAGGAGCAUUAUAUGUGGAGAAUUGCACUGUGGAAGGUAUUGUGACGGAUGAAGUGCCACACUCUCAAGUUAUUCCCCGUGUCACUCACGUUGUGACCUCUUUGGGAACCAUCCACUGUGAAUAUUUUGUCAAUACUGCGGGGAUGUGGGCUCGUUCUCUUGGUGAAAAAAGCUCGCCUAAGGUUCGCAUUCCUGUUCAUCCAGCAGAGCACUUCUAUUUACAUACAGAGCCUGUAGUGGAAGCACAGUAUGGAUUACCAAUUAUUCGGGAUUAUGAUUCCAGCACAUUUUGCCUCACCCGCAAUCAACAGUUUGUUGUGGGAGGGUUUGAACGUCACGCCAAACCAGCGUUUGAAAAUGAGAUUCCUCAGAACUGGAGGAAGUCUUUAAUAGGGGAUGAUGAACACUUUAGGCCAAUCCGUGAAGCAGCAGAGCACCGUGUGCCUAUGUUGAAGGAUAUACAGUACCAGCCUCUAGUUAAUGCUCCAGACAAUUUCACACCUGAUGGCAAAUGGAUUUUAGGAGAAACACCUGAGAUUGAUAACUAUUUUGUGGCAGUUGGAAUGAAUGGCAAUAGUUUACAAGGCAGUGGAGGAGCUGGACAGGCUAUAGCAGAGUGGAUCAUGUAUGGCUCACUGGUUACUGAAAUGUUGCCUUUUGAUGUCAGGCGAUUCAUUGAUCUCCACAAUAAUCGCCGCUAUCUCAAAGAAAGAACAAAAGAAGUUGUGGGCAGGCACUAUGAAAUUUUAUAUCCUGGCCAGUGUGAAUAUAGAUUAGCCAGGAAGUUACGCUGUUCUCCCAUGUAUAGUGAACAGGAAGCACAAGGAGCUGUAUUUGGAACCCGAAUGGGCUUUGAACGUCCUCUUUAUUUUGAUAUCACACACACAAGAACUGAUUCUUCAGCACAAAUGCGAGAAGGCUCCUUUAAAAAACCAUCUUUCCUAGACUGCAUCCAUGAAGAAUACCAGGCUUGUAGAGAAGGUGUUGGCAUCAUUGAUCUUUCCUCUUUCACAAAAAUUAAAAUUACGUCUGCUGGAUUAGAUAAGAAUAAGCAGUUUGAUGCAGAUGAAACAAAGUCUGCAGGGAACCAGGUGGUGGAAUAUAUGCAGAAACUCUGUAGCAACGACGUCAACAUGCCAGUUGGUGGAGUAGUUCACAGUGGGAUGCAGAAUGAACGUGGAGGCUAUGAAAAUGAUUGUCUCCUCAUCAGAAGAACAGAUAACAGCUAUUUGAUGCUGGCCCCUACAUCCCAGCAAACACGCGUUAUGGACUGGCUGAGGCGACACAUUACUGCUGAAGCCUGUGUAUCUGUUACAGAUGUUUCCUCCAUGUAUUCUGUGCUUGGUGUUGUGGGGCCAAAAUCCAGGGAAAUGUUGUCACUCAUGUGCAGUGCUAACCUGGUGCUGUAUGGACACAUGGCGAAGGAUAUCAAUAUAGCCUAUGCAUCAGGAGUAACUGUGCUUUCAUUCAUACAUAUGGGGGAACCAGGCUAUACCUUGAUUAUCCCUGCAGAAUACACUCUUCACGUUUACAACCAACUAAUGAAGAUUGGGCAUGAUUAUGGUAUUCGCAAUGUGGGUAUGAUGACAAUGCGUGCAUUACGUGUCGAGAAGUUUAUUCCUUUCUGGGCAGAAGAGUUGGACUCGACGACAACGCCAUACGAAGUGGGUCGUGGCUACAAAGUGAAACUCAAUAAAGAAUACUUCGUUGGGAAAUUUGCAUUGAUGAGGCAGUUGAGUCAAGGUUUGAAGAAGAGACUAGUUCACCUGACCCUGGAUGAUAGUUUUGACCCCGAUGAAGACAUCUGGCCGUGGGGAGGUGAACCCAUAUACCGCAAUAAUCUUUAUGUCGGCAAUACCACAUCAACAGCAUUUGGAUUUACAUUAAAUAAGAUGGUGUGCCUUGGCUUUGUGAGGCACCAUGAUCAGCAAAACGUUACUCCUGAAUACAUCCUUCAAGAUGCGAAUUUUGAGAUUGAUAUAGCAGGACGGAAAGUGGCUGCACAUGCUUCACUUCAGCCUCCUAAAAUGCCUGUCGUCAAAAUGGAUGGUUUUGCUUCUUAUAGACCAAAAUCUCGUGGAAUUGUCACACACAAAUAAACUUGUUUUUAGCAGUUUCCUAAGGAUGAGAACUGCAAUCAGGGUUCCCCUUCUUCCCUAUCAUAUCAGCAAGAGAUAACCUAAAAUGAAGAGAGAAAAAAAUGAAGUGGAGUAAAUUCAACACUAUCUGGUUAGACCUGGCUGUAAGGUAAUAUGUAAUGCUUGCCAUUUCUGGGAACUGAAAGGCUAUAUAUAUACAUUAAUGAGAUAAAAGAAUUUAGCAAUGUUUUAACAUUAUAGAAUUGAGAGAAAUUAUAUAUUGGGAUAUAAUUUUAGCAUGAUUCUUCAGUGAUACAUUCCUUAGUGCAUCUAUUACAUGAUAAUUAAAUGGUAUUUAAAUGUAGUUCAGUAUUAAAAUUACAUUUUAAUUGCAUUAAGAUGUCAAAUGAAGCAUUCAUACAUAACUCAUCAUGUUAAUCUUUCUCUUCAACUCAAUAAUUUUAACAAUUUACUAUUAUUUAUUUAAUAUAUAAAAUAUGUAAGGUACAAUAGAUGUUCAAUUAAAAACACAAGUUUUAAGAGGUGUAUAAUACAAGGAUACACUACCAUAGGCAUACAAAAUAAUUUUCUUCUAGUUUCUUUCCCAAUACAGCAUAUAUAGUAGAUUAAUGUAGCCAAAUAAUGGGGUACAACAAACAUAUUCACAUCACAUGCACAUGGCCCAUUAAAAUUAAAUAAGCUGAAUGACAUGAGAAAUUAUACAUACACAUCACACACAGUAAAUUUUGAAAGUAACUUUCAUUCGAUCUCAACUGGCCAUUAAAAACCUUUGAAACCCCUUGGUUUCAAAAAGUUGAAUCUUCUAGACAUCCAUGAAACAUGAUGGAAAGUAGGCCAACACUUCCCAGGAAACCCUGUCCAUGUUGCAGCAGGAAAGCUUUCCGCUCUACAGUCAUUAUAUUGAAAGAAAAGAAAAACUUCCUUGUGGUACUAAAUGUCAGCACAUGAAUUUAAAAAAUAAAUAAGGGAAUUCAUAUGCCUUAGUCUGAAAACAUUGGACAGUUUACAGUUGUUUCUAUAUAUUGUAACAACCAGACAUUGUGAACAUUUAACAUCUGCCUUUGGUAUAUAAUUUGACAUUUGCACUGAAUAUUGACAUAAGUCCUACAAACAGUUAUGCUUAACAAUAUCAUAUGCACCACGGAAGCAUGUUCAAGCAGAGGGUCGGUAGCCAUUCACAAGCAAGAAUAAAUUCCACUUUCAUUAGCUUUAUUAUAAAAUCAAGUAAUGUACAUUAUGCAGGGACAGGUAAUGUCUUGAUAAUAUUGUCUGAAUUAAAUUUGUUGGCUGUAGACCUAUAUUAUUGGGCAAAAUAAGAUGACCAACUAGUACAUUUGUUUUAUAUUACUGACUGAUAGGCAGGGGAUAUUAGUAGAGUAAUUAACUAAAUUAUAAUAAUUUUGUUUAAUUAUUCUCCUUAUGCAAAAGAAGCAUAAAGUUAUUGUGAACAUUUGAGUUAUGUCAACAUUGCUAUAGUUUUAAUCAAUUUUUGUGGCACUAACCUAUUUGGAAAUGGUCUUCUUUGGCAGUCAUAUGUUUUAUGUAUACUAGCAUAAGAAUUUGAAUUUAAGUUUUGCAAAAGCAACAUCGAUACAUGAGAAAAUGAUUCAUUCUAACUCUUGCUGCAUAUGGUGUAUGGAGUGUGUGUGAUUCUCUGCUUAAAUAAGAGUAGGAGACUAGAGGACAUCUAAAUGGGUGACGUGAUCAUCAUUGUUGAGCCCCAGAUAGUAGUACACUGUUGAGCUCAUUUUCUCUAUUUAAUGGACAGGAACUCAAACCUUAUUGAUAUCUCAGACAUAUUCGUUGAUCUCGCCACUAUACCUUAAAGGUCAGGAAUGUUAGAUUCUGCAGAAGAACAAUUGGCCUCUGCAUGAUGGCUAAUCCAAAUGCAUAAAUUAUUAGUGAUGGAUUAUUACAAGUACAAAACAUGAGGACAGAACACCAUGCACAACUGAGGCUGUAGCCCUUCUCAUCUUCUCUGGAACAUCGUCACAAACGAGUAUCUCCAACUCUGUAACAUGUCUUUUUGCUAAUUGUUACAUAUUAUUUCUGUGGGUUUUACUCUGCAGUAACUAUAAGAUCUGUGCUUUUCUUCAAUUUAGGCCGAUGUAAAGAUUUUCUCAGUUAUAUAAAUAAAAAUAUCCAACAAAUUAUCAUUAAUAUCCAGUCUCUGAAUCUGUAAUGUAUGGCCAUUGGCAACAACCUGUUAUUUUUAAGCCAUAACAGGUUUCUUUUUUAAUAUGAAAAUAUCCUUUGAGCAUACUAUAGUCAACAUUCUUUUAGUUUCUGAACUAACUUAAAAUUGAAUGUAAUUUGUGUUCUCAUGUUUCUAAAGUUGAAAUGAUCAAUACUUGCAGAGUAUGAAAGAUGGGCUUGACAAAACUUUAUGCUACCUGGUAUAUAAUGGUGACUGGGUGAUCUGCUGGCAAGAAGACUGGAUUUUAUAAAUCUUGAAAGUGCAGGCCAUACUCGAACAUUGGUAAAUAUUCUUGUUAAAUACUCUUACGGUUCAGUAGCUAAAUUUGUAGUUCUAUUAGCCUCCAGUUGCGAAUGGUCACUGUUUUCUUAAAAAAUCAAUUGUUUCAUGCAUUCAAUAAUUUUAUGCAUAAUAUUGUCCUGUUAUUGGAAGAACACAACCAAUGGCACAUCUGAUCAGAAUCUAUGUGAACCCAUGUCUCUCCUCUUGCCACCAAAACGUGACUUAAGCCACCAUUUCCUAGGAAAACAUUAUCACACUAAGCUCUUCAGUUGAUAUUUCAUAUUAUGCUGAGAACAUUAUCCAUCGAGGAAGGUGAUGCUACACCAGCGAUUAUUUUGAGGAGUUAAAUAUAAACAAUCUGGGAAAUAUGCAGAUAACACUAAUAACUUGUUUAGAAAUUUAUAUCAUAAUUCUAAAUGCCAUUGCCAUUGAAAGAUAAUGUUGUUAUUAAAUAAAGGUUUCCCAGUCAAAAUUGGGAGACCUCUAGUAGAUGCUUACUACAAUCUAUGUUAUCUGUACAGUCACUGAACAUACAUUUUACUAUA